UAUACCCAUAUUGGAUUAGAGCGUCACUGCCGGGUACAGGGCAUCAAUCAUCCGAUGCGAGGGACUCGACGCCGGUGAACAAACGAGCCACAUUUAACAAGAGUUUGGACGGAAUCUUGAUGGGAAAUGGGGGUAUCAAUCCGAGAGAAGAUUUGGACACGAAAAUCUGUAUUUUUUGGUGUCGGAGUGACAUCUUCCUUAUACAUAUUUGUUUGAAAUCUCCCAGUGCAAAUCACAGCAGCAGCACGCUAACGCGUUCCAUCGCACUCCAUCUCCAGACAUCUGCAGUUGUUGGUCGGUGACAAACUAGCUAGAAGCUAGCUGCAACCAGAAUAUGGAUAUUUUUGUAAAAACAAUAGAGAUAAUUGUGCGCGAGAUUUUAGCUGCUUUUACGUUAUGACCUGCUAACGUUAGUCCUGCAUUGGAAAUCUGACCGCUAAACCCAAUCCUCUGUAGUCAGCGGUAUCAAGGUGACGGAUGGAAGUAGCUAAAUUAACGCAAGCUAGCCACUGGACUUGUGAACCGGUGCAGAUGAACUAACUAUGGCUAAUGCUAUGUGCCGUGGAAUGUUGUACGCUAGCUAGCUACACAUUGAGUAACUAGCUAGCUAGCAACUACCAUGAAUUAUAUUUUGUUAGCUAACCUCCGAGAGAUGUUGGGUGUUAUGUCGGCAAUUAAAUGUAAUAUGUAAUGUAUACCAUGGGCUUACACCAUGUAUGUGGUUGGCCUCGUCUUUGUCAACCCCUGUGGUUGACACAAGUAGCUGUUUUUAAAAGCAAACAGCGGGAUAAAAACGCUGUCACCGGGUAGUGUGGUGCUGAAAAGAAAUAACUGGUUUUCUGUCGCUAGCUCGCCACGGUAGCUAUGGGAGCUAGCUAGCUAUGUAGCUAGCAGCACAUUAUAGCUAGCUAAACCCCCCAGAUUUUAUCAAUGGUGUCUAAUAAAUUUUUAUUCGCAAUAAUUCUGUUAUAUGUGUAUAUAGGUGUACAGUCAUUAUUUUACUUUUUUGGCGGCGUCGUUUUAACGAUUUUGGUUGCUAUGGCAUUUUUAAAUGGACCCAGACUAUUAGACUGGGCGAAUUCACCUCCUCAUCUUCAAUUCAACAAAUACGUCCUGACUGGAUACCGACCAAUAUCUUCUGUCCAAGACUGUAUCAGAAGCCUUUUUUACAUGCACAACGAACUGGGAAACAUAUACACACAUGGUAUCCCUCUACUCUGCUUCCUGUUCCUCAUCCCGCUCAACUUCCCCUGGUCCCAGAUCAGUGUGACAUGGCUGGGUGUGGUCCACUUCCUGGCCUGCCUGUCCCCCCAGCUGGGCUCUGUACUCUACCACCUCUUCAUGAACCACGAGGGAGGAGAGCCCGUCUACCACACCCUCCUCACCCUCGACAUGUGCGGCAUCUGCAUGAUCAACACGCUGGGAGCGCUGCCCAUCGUCUACAGCACCCUGCUGUGCUACCCCUUCACCCGCACAGUGGCUCUGGUCGUCUACAUCCUGCUGUCCAGCUACGCCAUCUACUCGGCCAUCACGGCGCGGAGUAGCGUUCGGCGCAUGAGGUCCUUCGCCUGGCAGGCCCUAUUCCGCUUCUCCUUCUUCCUGCUGCGCUGGGUGGGCGUGGGUGGCGGCAGCCCCACCUCGCUGCAACACUUCCUCACCAUGGACGCGCUGGCCGUACUGGGUGGGAUCAUCAACAUCUCGCGCAUCCCAGAGCGCUUCCGCCCGGGCCUCUUUGACUACUGGUGCAACAGCCACCAGAUCAUGCAUGUGCUGGUGGUGGGCUCCAUCCUCUACCUGCACUGGGGUGUGCUGGACGACCUGCUCUGGAUCAACAGCCACCACUGUCCCUCAGACUGAGCCCCCCCUGCCUGGAGGAGGACCAGCGGGUAACAGGGUUUAGGACCUCGGGCUGUGUUCAUGAAGACGUACAUGGAAGGCCAGAUAAAGUGUUUUACAUAAUAGGGAUUGGUGCAGGCUUUGACACAUGCACACCUAGCAAGAAUGUUCAUACUGUAUCUGUGUCCACCUUACCAUUAUACAUGCGUGGCUAUCAAUGUUAGGGAACACACACAAGGAUUGGAUAUCGGCUCACUGGUCAUUAUGGAUUGCAAAUUCACACACAAACACACGGCAGAGGAUCUGUGAAUGUUACACACAAAGGAGAUUAAGGAUUUGAUAUCAGAAAUACACACAGAAAUGUCUACUAAAAACAUCAUGAUUUGCAAGUGAAGUUACACUUGAGCAAUAGUUGAUUUGAUAUUGACUUAUCCUCAUGUGUCAAUUACCAUUUCAACCUAUGGCUUUUAUCAAAGUUGAUCCGUCAAUGAUGCAUUCAUUUUUCUAGAGCAGACGGACCAUUUGGUUAAAUGAUAUCAUAUGCACUAAGCAGGAAGUCUCAUUCUGAAGUAUCUUUCAGAUGUCAUUCUAUUGCAACCUAUGCAGCACAUAGCAUAUACACUUUAGAACAAACACACACCGCACACACACAUACACACACACACACACACACUCACCGCGUAGCAUGCAUACAUGCUAGUAAUGCACAACUAAUGCACAAAGCACUCCCAGACCUGUCACAAAGUCCUAUGGAACUACUUGAGUUACUGUGUAUUAGAGAGGAUAUUCUCCCUCUCAUUAUUUCUUCCAUGUUUGUUUGUCUUUCUUCCUUCUCUCUUGCUUUGUCUGUGUCUGGCUUUGUCUGUCUGACUGUCUCUCUGUGGUCAGGUGGGGAUGAACUGGGUAUGGGUGAAGGGUAUGGGUAACUGGGUAUGGGUGAAGGGGUUCAUUCCUUGGCUUGUUAGUGCUCAUUUAGUUUGAAGUUUACCUCCCUUUUAGUGCAGUGCAGUCCACAUAGCCUAAAUGCUAGACUGAACUUGGAUGCAUUGUGGCAUUGAAAAUACAGCCAUUUUGAAUAGGGAGUCAUGACAGAUUAUGCACAUUUACAAUUGCUGUUGUUGAGUUACAUUAAGUUACUCUUUAUUAUUGGUUGACCUUAAUUUUAUGAGACAGUAUGUGUUUUAUUUAUUCAUCAAUAUCUGUAUUUAAAGUGACAUCCUCACAUUGAACUGAGGAAUUUUAUUUUGUUUUGAAUCAGGAUUCGUCAAUAAGAAUUAGUUAAUGACUAUUUAUUACGUUUAAAAAAAGUAUUUUAUUGUUGAUUAUUGUCAUUUUAAUGACAUGUUUGGCACAUACUGUAGUCAGUGAAAAGGGCACAUACUAUAGUCAGUGAAAAGGGCACAUAACGUCUUAAAUUACGCUUAAAAUGAAGGUGCAUAAAACACACCGUAUGUCUCUUUUAUAAUACCUGAACUAUAGUUACAUGACUGUGCAGGAUGGAUCCUGUUGACUGAAAAGGGUAGUUCUGCCACCAAACAGAUACCAAAUGUUUAUUACGCUACAGUAUUAGAGAGCCAGUCUGUGAUGAUGUUUUUAAAAUUAGAAAGCACUAUUAUUUGACUACUACAACCUAGUAGGGUUAGCUCCUGUAGUUCCUCUGAGAGGGUGGAAAUGGCCGACAGCUAGGCGACUUUGUAGGCUUUUAACUGUCCAAGGCCAGAUAAUGAUUUGGUAUGAUGCACUGCAUUCUAUGCCAAAGCUGGACAUUAUUACUACUUAACAUAGCCCAGCUUGACUCUUUGCAAUUUGUUACCCUUAGAGAGGUACAGUACUGUAGUAGCAAGCUGACCUGGGGCAUAUAGUAUUUCAUUAGGCAACUGCAACCAAGAAUGAAUGAACCCCUAACCCUCUCACCAUUUUCAAAACCAGUAACCCUGAACAAACUAUUUCUGAUUACUCAGUUUUAAAGUAAAAACUUUAAUUUUGUUGCCACUAGUUUCUGCACUGGCAUUUGAGUUUAUGCUCUGAAGAACAAUACAAUGUUUACUUUUAUGUGUUUUAGAGAUUUUGUUCAAAGAUUGACUGUAUGUGGAAGGUUGAGACCAAGCGUUUUUGUUUUUCAAAUCUGCUUUGCUCUGAGGGACCUUUAACUAGUCCAUGGGACGACUAAGUACAGUUGUGGCUAAAAGAUUAAUCCUGCAUGUUUCUAUGUAACAUUGCACUUUUGUAACCUGGUGCACACACUCAAACGUACCCACACUAAUUUCCACUUCAUUCACAAGUUGCCAAAUGAAAUGUCGAGGGCCUCCGUUGUAGCACAUACUUUGCUCACAUUGAGUCAAGGGUGAGGGAGAAUAUCCCAGCCUCUCCCACACAGGCCUCAAGCUGCAACCUGACCCUUACUAGUGUUAGACCUUGGUUAGUUUCUCAGCCCCCUUAUGAAACCACCCAUGUCAUGGUGAGUCCAUUACAACCAUGGCCCCUUGUAUCGUCAUAAGCUGAAAUUGUAUUACAGUGCACUGAAUGAAACUGAUUAUUAAUGCAUGUUAGUAGCUCUCAAACGGAAACUCAUUGUCUCAUACGAGGAAUUUAACUUAGUAUUAGCCAAAUGCUUGUGCAUUGUAACAUAUAACACGUCAUGUGUCAGUCACCCCAGCUAAGAGCUUCACAUGCUGUCAGGGCAGUGGACCAUGAGUGUUAAGAGAGGAACAUACUACAUACAGUAUAUACUAAUACAGGAAUAUGAGGGACUAGAACAGAGGCAAUACAACUAUAUCAAAUAAACUGCACGGUUUAUUUUUUUUCAAAAGGGCUUUGGAUCAAAGUGAAUACCAAUAAUGAAACUUAUUUAAAGUCCAUAUAAAUAAUGUAAAUGUAUGUAUGUAGAUUAUAUAUACAUACAGUGUAAACAGUAUAUAACACUGAUACUUUUUUUUAUACAUAUAUGUAAAGGAAAGAAAGCAGAAGUAGGGACCUGGAAUUCAGUAUGUAUGUAACAUCAGAUAAUGCUCUGUGUCCGAGUGAAAAGGGAAACAGGCUGAGGCGUGGUACUACUGUGUAUUUAAUAUCAACGACAUCCAAGCUAUUUACUCAAAUAAGUGAACCCAGAUAAAACUGCAAUUAUUUUCAGUUAUAUUGUAGAGAUGGGUAACUGUGUGGGUUUUUGAGAGACACAGGGUUUAAGAAUGCUUUCGCUCAAUUAAAUGUAACCUCUUUUUUUGUUUUCUUUUUUUUAUGACUGGAAAAGAUGGGGAAGGUACAGGAGGGAGGGGCAUGUGAAUACCUCUGAUUACAACUGGAUAUCUAUGCAUUAUCAGAUACAAAUACAUUUACACUGUCUGAAGUGGAUGUGUGUUCAAAUGGGAUGUUUCUCAACUGUCACAAAGAACAAAAAGGGCCAGUUAGCUCUCUACUCAAAGGGACUCCACCACUCCACCAGCCUGGGUUCUCCACUUCUCAGGGUGCCAUAGCCGUAGUUGUUACAUUGAGGCCAGGGGGUUCCUCUCUGAAACGUGGCUUUUAGAGCCACACACCACGGAGACCACUGUGAGGGACUCCUGAACGGGACAGGGAUAGGGGUCUGAGGGAAGGUAAGAGUCAGCAGUAGUAGUAGAAGUAGUGAUUAUUUAGGGGUUCUUGGGGUGGGCUCUGAUAAAAAGGUGAAAGUAUUUAAAGAGUGGUUGGGCAAAGAGGAAGAGUGUGGAACAGGGUGAGAUGGAUUCAGAGGAAGGGGAGGGAAGACUGUGGAACAGGGUAAGAUGGAUUCAGAGGGAGGGGAGGGAAGACUGAGGAACAGGGUAAGAUGGAUUCAGAGGAAGGGGAGGGAAGACUGUGGUGGGAGAAUGAACUGAAAACCAUUUUUCAGAGAUGGAACCAGGCCACCCAACGGUACCAUUUUUCAGAGAUGGAACCAGGCCACCCAACGGUACCAUUUUUCAGAGAUGGAACCAGGCCAUCCAACGGUACCAUUUUUCAGAGAUGGAACCAGGCCAUCCAACGGUACCAUUUUUCAGAGAUGGAACCAGGCCAUCCAACGGUACCAUUUUUCAGAGAUGGAACCAGGCCAGCCAACGGUCAUUGUUUUAGUCUGUAUAUUCUGCUAUUCUAUGAUGAUGAUGAUGACCUGAUGUGUGAAAACACUAACAAAAUGGAACAUGUUUGUUUUUUUUGUACACAGGUGCCACAGCUAGCCUGUUUCUGACUAUUUAUAAAGGAUGAACUGUCUACACUAUUGUUAUAUGAUUAUGAUAAUGAUGAUACUUUAAUAAUAUUAUUAUUAUUAAUAAAAUUAUUCUGUGGAGGGUUGGUACUCAUUAUGAUACGUCUGUACAGAUGAUGGAAUGCCCUUUUCCUCUUGAUGAAGGGAGCUUUCUUGAGGGUCUGUCUGUCUCUCUGUCCUUGUCUUCGGUCUGUCUUGGUUUAUGUAAAAGAAAUGAAUGGCUGUUCAUUUGGCCCCAUCUGGUGGACAUAACUGUGUAAUGUUGCAGUCCAUUGCAGGCAUCUAAUUGUAUCAUAGAAAGGCUCACCGCCAACCGUUCUGUGUCUGGCACAGGAAGCCCAAUUCUGAUAUUUUUUUCACUAAUCUUUUGACCAAUCAGAUCAGCUCUGAAAAAGAUCUGAUGUGAAAAGACCUGAUGUGACAUACUUACUACUAAUCCCCGUGCUAGGAGUGACCAAACCCUGCAUGUUCAGGGUUGCACAAACCAGUUAUGUAUGUAUAUUAUGGACCUUGUAUGUUUGAAUAUAUGAGCUGUUUUAAGAUCUCAUACUUCAUGUAUGAAAUCUGUGUUUUAAUGUGUUGUUGUGUUUUGUCUGUCCUGCUUCAUGUCUGGGUGCAAGUUGCAUCCUAAUGUGCCUCAUCGACCCGCCUGUGUUCUUCUCACCAACACUUCUGUUAAUUUAUGGCUAUCUUGUAUCUCCCUGUGUCUAGUCUCUGUAUAUGUGUCCAUCUGUAGUGUCUUGCAUUAUACAGACAGGCCCUCCCACUCCUCAGUCUCCAGCAACGAUUGUGCAAUAAA